AUGCGAUGGGCGAGAAACAACGGAUGCCCGUGGGAUCGAUGGACGUGCCUUUGCGUGGCUUGGUCGGGCAUCUCGAAGGUUCCAUGGGCGCGAGACAACGGAUGCCCCUGGGAAGAAGCAACUUGCAGCAGCGCGGCUUCGGAGUAUCGUGUUGGAAGUCUUGCACUGCGCGAGAAACCACGGAUGGCCCAGGAACGAAGCAGUUCGCAGGGGGCAUGCUGCGCGAGAGGCAACGGCUGUCCCUGGGACGAGGCAACGUGCUCCAACGCGGCUUCUGGGGGGCAGCUUGGAGUACUUCAAUGGGCCAGAAACAGAGGUCGCCCCUGGGACGGAGGGACGUGCGUCAAAGCGGCUUUAGGAGGCCAUCCCGAACUCCUGCAACGGGCCAGAAGCCACGGAUGUCCGUGGCACGAGGACACCUGCAGUGGCGCGGAUCGGGGGCGCACCUUGAAGUACUGCAAUGGCAACGGAUACCCCUGGGACGAGGCAGCAUCCUCUAACACGGCCUCGGGGAGACAUCUUGAAGUGCUUCAAUGGGCGAGGAACAACCGAUGCCCAUGA